UUUUGUACACUUCCGGUUGUCGCACGUGGCAAUUUUGUAAACAUUGACACGAGACUCUCAUCAGUCACUUUAUCAUCAGGCUCUACGCAAUCUCCAAUUCUGUAUCAGAAGGCGGAAGCAAUUUGUUCAUGGAAGAAGGAGUUCCUCCACAUGAUGACGAUUAGGCCGUGCGAGAAGAUUGCACCUGUACCUUCUGUACUUCUGGAUUUUGAGUCAUGGAGCUUCAUAUUUCACCUCAUCGUCUUCGGAUUGCUUCCAUCUUAAAGAAAGACAUUGAUUUAUUCACUCAUUCACUCAUUAAGCUGUCACUGUUGCAUCAACAAGUUAGUUGCAAUUUCUUCAGUUUCACAGAGACCUGCGAUGAUUUCUCGUUAAUCACUGAUCAAGAGGGUCUUAAAGAACUCCCCUCUAGGGCAGAGCUGAUGGUACAGUCCACGGUUUGGCUCGCCCUGGACGCCAUCCCGAGCUUUGUGGAUGCUGACAGCAACUCUGGUCUCACUAUGACUACUAAGUCUAUCAUCACUAGCCUGGCCGACAAAAACAUCUCUGUAUACAACUUGUCAACGUACCAGACAGAUUUCAUACUUGUGAAAGAAGAUGAAUAUGAUGAUGUAGUGACUUGUCUGAGCAAAGACUUCAAGAUAUUGAAAGAGAGCCAAGAUGGCGAGAUGAUCCCCAUUGUCUCCCAAGAAGUGGAUAAGAACUCCAGGAGGAAUACUUGUGGAUUGCACACUCCCAGACCAGUGGUACAUUCCUUCCACAGUCCGGAUAAUCGCUUCUUAGUGACGUGCCUUCAGCCUGAACAACUUUCUCAUCUUACCUCCACACUUCUAAAACUCAUGUUUUAUUCAAACAGUUUUCUUCCUUCACCCGAGGAUGGUCACGAGCGGUUUCUAUCUCUCUCAAUCAUCAGUCAGAAGAUAUCUCUCGUAGUAGAUGUUGAGUCAAUUGCAUUGUUUCCAAGUGGGAGUUUGUGCACAGGAGCCGAAGAAUUCUGGAGGAUGAUCAAGAUUGGAAAUCUCCCUUUGGGGUUCGAUGAGUCAGGGAUAGUUGCACAAAUAUCGGAACCUCUGGCGGAGGCAGGUAUUCCGAUCUACUACAUAAGCACAUUCUUGAAUGAUCACACAUUGGUCUCAGAGGCCGAUAUUGAGCGUGCUUUUGCAAUACUUGAAAGCAAAAGAGGAAAAAUGAUAGAUGGAAACUCUUGUGAGCCUGAGGAUUCGUUACAUUUCAGUAUUAGAUGAUGAUAAAUACUCAUCUGAAUGUGGGACAAUAGUGCUAUUCACACGGCAACAAUUUAGCUGGGGUACCUUGCAUAAUUUUAUCACGGUUGUAAAAUGUAGCAAUGUUUGACCGGAUUUUGCAAGAGAAGUAAUUGGAUAGUAGACAAAAAAAUAUAUUGUCCUUUCACAUGAAGUGCAUUUUGUAAAAUGUUACAUUAUUAGGCUAUUAGCAAGGGACCCUUGCUAAGUUGCUUUCGUGUGAAAGGGGCUAAUAUGGUUCUUGGGUUGUGUUUACGUACUGAGAGCGCCGUGCGGAAAUAUUACCUGGCUUGAUGUCCAGUUUAAUUUAAUUUGAUAAACAUUUAUUUCAAUGUCACACAAUGAUUCAGAACAAAUUAUGCUACCAAAUAUCCACUGCCAAAUUCAAUUAAGCUGUUUAUACUUACGAUAUUAUUAUUGUUAUUAUUAUAGUUUGUUAUUAUUUGUAUAUUAUUUGCACUGUCAAUUUCAAGAAAUGUACAUUCAUUUUAACACCCAGCUCAUUUUUUUUUUUUUACUUUGGUUUGAAAUGAAUGCUCCGUUGAUUCAGCAUUCAACAGUCAAAAGGAGUAGUCCAUUUCCACAAUUUCACCAGUUCAGCAUUUACUGGUCCAACAAGAUCAUUCAAUUUCAUUACACUGCAAGAGUUAUUCUUCAACUUUGUAAAGACCAGAUGAGAAGCAACAGCCAGUCAACCAUUAUAUUUUAUCAAGUGUAAAUGGGUAGUAUAUGCCAUAAGUGGAUUGUUUCUGUAUUAUAGAAAUUAAACUCAAGAAUGUUCAAAGUGUAGUCCUAAUCGCAUAUUGACCCAUUUCAACUGACGUCAUCAUCAGAAUAAUCUUGGAUGCGCCAUUUUGGUGGUCAAUGUCAACGUGUG